AUGCAAUAUGAUGAUUGUUUAGAUUAUGUCAUAACCAUGAAAAAUAUUAGACAACUGCAAUCAAUUCAACCAGCAACCACUUUUACUACCUCUACUAAUAAUAAUGUCAACAUACAAGGACUCUCCUCUCGUCAACCCUCAACACAAGGACAACAAUCUCAAAAUCAAACAAUGCUUUUACAACCACCUCUUCCAUCUAUCAUUACAACUAAUAAUACUAACAACACCAAUAACACUCACAUUCAACCAAUCAUAUCCUCCACCAACUCUGGAAAUUCAAUAUUUUCUAAUAACAAUACGGGAAGACAAAAUAUUCCAAGUUCUACAUUAUCACCAUCACCGCGUCAAUCAAAUACAACAAUAAAUUUACCACACAAUAUUCUUGCCAAUUUAGAUCAUUCUGCAUUAUCACCACGUGUUGAAGAUGCAGCACGUACACUCUUUUUAUCUUCAAGAUUGAAUGGUGAUUUUAGUUCUCUUAAAGACAAUAAUGAUAAUGAUAACAAGAAUAAACUUCAAGUUACCUCAACUUCUUUGCUACAUGAUCAUUCCUUACACCAUGAUUCAUUGGAUAUUGAUGAAACUCCAAGCAUUUAUUCUGAACAUAAUCAACAACAAGAACAACUAAAACACGGUGGCAAAGACUAUACAGAUGAAGAAAUUAUAGAGAGACAAGGAGAAAUAGGUCUAAUACCUUAUAAUAGAGGUCAUAAGUUGAAAAAUAGAGCCGAUUUAAUAGAUGAAAAAUCAAGAUUAAAAGCACCAUAUGAUAUUUAUCAAGACAUUGAAUAUAUCGACACGCCAAAUAAUCAAAGGUGUCCUAUAAUCCACAGGUUUCCCAGAAAUUCUAUUUUGAAAGCAGUCGAGUAUUAUGAUGACACAGAAUUCAACCCUUAUAAAGAUAUUAAUGUUGGAGAAAUUCUUGGGCCAUUAGUGAAAUUAGAAGAUGUUAUUAAGAAACCACAUUAUAAAAGGAUUUUAAAUGACAAUUCAUUGACACACUGUGCUGAUUUCUUAAUGGAAAGAAUUGAAACUGAGAAAAACUUCAACAAUAUAAUUAGUAGAUUGAUGACUGUGUUGCAAGGUGAUGAUGCCAUGUACCCAAAUCUGGACUUUAGACUUAAUCCUUCACCUGAAAUUGUCAGUACUCGUGUUGUCAAAGCCGGUGAAGAGGAAGGUGGUAUGGGAUUGGGCGUGCUUAAUGUUGGACUACAAGGAAACGAUAGGAAUAAGGAUAUACGAAUUCAUGAAGCUAAAGAUCAAGGAUUAGAAACUUUAAUUGCUGUUCGUGAACAAUUACAAGAACAAAUCAGUAAUAGUAAUGAAGUUUUAAGAUGUCUAAUUGAAUCAAGAAAUGGAGUAUUAAGAUCUAUAAGACAAAGAGAUUUGUUAAAAAUUAAAAUAAUUUCAAUUGAUAAACAUAAAAAAAAACUAGAGAAAAAAGAAUCAAAAAGGAAUUAUCAAGAAGCUUUGGAAUGA